CUCCGCGCAGGCGCGCGCUGCUCUGCUGGGCACGGCUUGGCACGGGCGUCUUUCCCUCGCUCUGUCUGGGCUGCGGAGCUUCUCCGGGCGAAGAGGCGCUCGGCUGCACCAUGUUUCUCCACUCAGUCAACCUCUGGAACUUGGCGUUCUAUGUCUUCAUGGUAUUUCUGGCUACUCUGGGGCUGUGGGAUGUCUUCUUCGGCUUCGAGGAGAACAAGUGCAGCAUGAGCUACAUGUUCGAGUACCCUGAGUACCAGAAAAUAGAACUUCCAAAGAAACUGACAAAGCGCUACCCAGCAUAUGAGUUAUAUCUUUAUGGAGAAGGCUCGUACGCUGAAGAACACAAAAUUCUCCCUUUGACAGGAAUUCCUGUUCUCUUUCUUCCUGGUAAUGCUGGAAGCUACAAGCAAGUUCGUUCUAUCGGCUCUAUUGCACUUAGGAAAGCAGAAGACAUCGACUUCAAGUACCACUUCGAUUUCUUCAGUGUCAACUUCAAUGAAGAACUGGUGGCGUUGUAUGGGGGAAGCCUUCAGAAGCAGACCAAGUUUGUGCACGAAUGCAUUAAAGCCAUUCUCAAACUCUACAAGGGUCAAGAGUUUGCCCCUACAAGUGUGGCAAUAAUCGGUCACUCUAUGGGUGGCCUUGUUGCCAGGGCAUUGCUCACGCUGAAAAAUUUUAAACAAGAUCUGAUCAAUCUUCUUGUUACACAAGCUACUCCUCAUGUGGCCCCUGUGAUGCCGCUGGAUCGUUUCAUUACAGAGUUUUAUAUGACUGUAAACAACUAUUGGAUUUUAAAUGCUCGGCACAUAAAUUUGACUACACUUUCUGUGGCUGGAGGAUUCCGGGAUUACCAAGUUCGUUCAGGACUGACUUUUCUACCAAAAUUAAGCCAUCAUACCAGUGCUUUAUCUGUUGUGAGCUCGGCAGUGCCUAAGACCUGGGUCUCAACAGAUCAUCUCUCCAUCGUGUGGUGUAAACAAUUGCAGUUGACUACAAUUCGAGCGUUCUUUGAUCUCAUUGAUGCCGAUACCAAACAAAUAACUCAGAAGCCUAAGAAGAAAUUGUCUGUUUUGAAUCACCAUUUUAUAAGACACCCAGCUAAACAGUUUGAGGAAAAUCCAUCCAUAAUUUCUGACCUAACAGGGACAUCUAUGUGGGUUCCAGUGAAAGUGUCCAGAUGGUCCUAUGUGGCUUAUAAUGAAUCUGAUAAGAUUUACUUUGCAUUUCCUCUUGCAAAUCAUAGAAAAAUCUACACUCAUGCCUAUUGUCAGAGCACCAUGCUGGAUACAAAUAGUUGGAUUUUUGGCUGCAUAAACAGCACUUCCAUGUGCCGGCAAGGGGUUGAUUUAUCAUGGAAAGCUGAACUGUUGCCAACAAUUAAGUCUCUGACGCUACGACUUCAGGACUACCCAUCCUUGUCGCAUAUUGUGGUCUUUGUUCCGUCCGUCCACGGAAGUAAGUUUGUUGUAGACUGUGAAUUCUUUAAAAAAGAAGCAAGAUCCAUACAGCUUCCUGUAACUCACCUCUUUUCCUUUGGAUUGUCUUCCAGGAAGGCGGUGUUAAACACGAACGGCCUAUACUACAACAUAGAGCUGCUGAACUUUGGACAGAUAUACCAAGCUUUUAAAGUCAACGUGGUCAGCAAGUGCACUGGAAGCAAAGAAGAAAUAACUAGUAUCUAUAAACUUCAUAUUCCCUGGUCUUAUGAAGAUUCACUAACCAUUGCACAGGUUCCGUCUUCCACAGACAUUUCUCUGAAGCUUCAUGUUGCUCAGCCAGAAAAUGACAGCUACGUGGCACUGUUAAAGAUGUACACGUCGUCAGACUGUCACUAUGAGGUGACAAUUAAGACUUCCUUUCCACAAAUACUUGGACAGGUAGUCAGAUUUCAUGGCGGCGCUCUUCCUGCCUACGUCGUGUCCAGCAUCCUUCUUGCUUAUGGAGGACAGUUAUACUCUCUCCUCUCAACAGGUUAUUGCUUAGAAUAUGGCACCAUAUUGGAUAAAGAGGCCAAACCAUACAAAGUUGACCCAUUUGUAAUCAUGAUUAAGUUUUUGUUGGGGUAUAAAUGGUUUAAGGAAUUAUGGGAUGCAGUGUUAUUACCGGAAUUAGAUGCCAUCGUUUUGACUAGUCAGAGUAUGUGUUUCCCUCUUGUAUCCCUGAUUCUCUUUCUGUUUGGAACAUGUACUGCAUACUGGAGUGGUCUGCUCUCUUCUACAUCUGUGCAGCUUCUUUCUUCAUUGUGGCUAGCUCUGAAAAGACCUGCUGAACUUCCUAAAGAUAUCAAGGUGAUGUCACCAGACUUGCCUGUUUUGAUAGUUGUCUUUCUCAUAGUGAGUUGGACCACGUGUGGAGCCCUUGCCAUACUUCUGUCCUAUCUGUACUAUGUGUUUAAGGUUGUUCAUCUGCAAGCCAGCCUAACAACAUUUAAAAAUAAUCAGCCGGUGAAUCCCAAACACUCCAGAAGAAGUGAAAAGAAGUCCAACCACCAUAAAGACUCUGCCACACAAAAUCUUCGUUUAUGCGCGAGCGAGGCUGAAGACAGCCUGCGCAUGCACAGCACCGUGAUUAACUUGCUGGCGUGGGUUGUGCUGCUCAGUAUGCCAUCUCUAAUCUACUGGUUAAAGAACCUUAGGUAUUACUUUAAACUUAGUCCUGAUCCAUGCAAACCCCUGGCGUUUCUCCUCAUCCCAGCCAUAGCGAUUCUUGGAAACACUCACACGGUUUCAAUAAAGUCAAGUAAAUUGCUGAAGACUGCCUCCCAGUUCCCACUUCCUCUGGCUGUCGGAGUGAUUGCUUUUGGCUCCUCCCACUUAUACAGGGUCCCGUGUUUUGUGAUCAUUCCUCUUGUAUUCCAUGCGUUAUGCAACUUUAUGUAAGACUGGACUUACAGAAGGAGAAGCAGUUCCUGCCUUUAGGACCAAUGACACAGUGAACGUACAGCCCUACCACCAGGAACAGUGAGGUCCUCUGGAGAAGACAAGUCUAUUUUUACAGUAUUGAAGAUAGGAAAUUAGUUUUGUAAUGCUUGAAGGAAGUAGUGGAAGCAUGGUUUCAGUCCGUGGUGUAGCAUCUGUAUACUUGUCAUAUCUGAGAAAUUAGUGAAGGGAUAUUGUGGCUUCUGUGUUAAGGACUCCUGUACAUACCAACUAGCUUCCAUCGGCCGUCCCAGGGACCUUCUAGAGACCUAUAGAUGCAGUGUUGUUAAUCUAAGUGAAACGUCUGCUAGUUUCAUCAGACUUUCUUUUGAAACGUCGGUUUUAUAUUUGUUAUAAUUAACAUAUUCAGAACAAGUCUUAAAAGAUUGUUAAAAGUGACAACUGUUUUCUCAGAAGUGAAAUAGUCAUGAAGGAGUGUGGUCAGUUUUUAGCAGCCAUGGUGGACAAAGUUUGAUCCAUCUUCUUACAUCUGUGAAAAAGAACCUCAAAUUAAAGGGAGACUUUUUUGUUAACCACUGCAGUUCAGAUUCAAAAAAUGACAUUUUUAUGAGCUUUCAAAUGUGAAUCUUACGAUGUAUACUUGGUGAAUAUUAGAAGCAUGGAGGAGAUCUAUCAAAAGAGGUGUUAUCAAAAGAAUGUUCUUGCAGAUGCUGCAUUGGCACAGUUGGUCUCUGCCCCUGACUUAAGUCCUUGCCCCAGUGGUUGUCAGAAGUGCCUGUAGCAGGGUUCGUUUAUUAAAGGGGUAACUCGAGAGGCUGAAACAACGCUGGGUGUGUGCAUCAUUUGCUUAUGUGCUGAGGAGGAAUGAAUGGUCUCAGCAUAAAUACAGCAUUGCACUUGAUGUACAGAACUGUGUAGGAGUAGAGGAACAGUGGGCAGCCAUUACUGGAUUAGAACUAAGAAUGUGAACACUGCCUGAAUAGAUAGCACACCUACAUCACUCAUUAAGAAGAGGUGUCUCCUAAGACUACAAUUUUGCCACUGGGGCGUAACAUUUUAUUUCAUUUCCAAUUAUAGUUUAUUCUUAGCUACAGAAAAAUAGGAAGGUUGGGAGCCUGAAGCGUAUAGUUGCUCUUUGCCUUCAGUUAGAAUAAACUCAGACCUGAGUCAGACCUGUGUCAGAGCCCUUCACUUAGGCAUAUGUUCUGUAAAUGCCCGUAAGCCUUUCCCGUGAAGUCCUCCAGUGUCAGUGAAUUCACAGUUGCACUUGUGAACUUAUGUCCUCCUCCCUUGGUACCCAGGACUGGUACUGAGAGAAUCAGCUUCGUUGUUUCUGCUGUUACACCCGGUGUACGGCCUCUCAGCUACUACUGCCAACCAGAGGGCUACUCCCAUGUCAGCCACGUUAGUUCUUCCCUAGGUCUUCCCUCGUUCAGCAUUUGUCAAAGGGUCACGUCAGCACCACAGAAGUUAGUUUGUGUGAUUCCAUUGCUGUCUGACUGGCAUUGUGCUCGUUAAGUAUUCAUAAUUUCACUUAUUAAGACUUUUAAACAAAAACCGUUGUGGUAGAUGUGAAAACCUUUUAGUCUCUUGUUUUAGAAGAGUGUCAAGAGGAAUAAACUAUACCAUAGUGUCUAUUGAGUACCUGGGAGUGAGUUCAUUGGAUAAUUACAAUGUCCUCAUGGCACAACACUUACCUAUCUAAGUAGGGAUGUAUCUGCUCUGAUUUUGCUGGAGAUGUGCAGCCUCUCUACUCAUGCUGUCUGUCUUUCUGUCAGUGGUAUUAGAGACUGAUCUCAACUUAGUAGCAACUGAAUACUUUAACUUUCUGAAUUUGAACAUACAUCUACACACAGAAAGAACUUUCCAAAAUUUGGUGUUAGGCUUUUUGAUGGCGAUGAUUAUUUAUUUAUGAGAUCUAAAGUCUCCCUGCUGAGCCAGUACUGCUCCUGAAUAAGAUGUAUCAAGUCUGAUUUCUUACUCGUGAGUAGUGUAUUCCUUAUUAAAGCACACUGAUUCUCACAACAAUAUUUUUGUCUAAAAGUACUAAUUCCCUAAGCUCUGAAAGUCUACUUAUGCCAGUAAAAUAUUUCAAAUAAUAGUAGUCUGGGUCUUCGGCCAUUUGCCGCACAUACAGGUACACACUCACACAUAAACAGAGAUGGGCGUGCUUUGAUAGAGUCUUCCUCAAGCAUUCAGACACAGAAAGCUAGGUAGACUCUAUCUGAUUAAGAAAAGUGCUAUCCCUUAAAAGGAAAUCAUUUUAUAUAAACAUCACAUACUUUUAUCUAUCAUGUUUACAUGAAUAUUAGUUACAUUAGUGAUUAAUACAGCAAAUUUUUGAGUUCCACUGGGUUUUUUUUGUUUGUUUGUUUUUAAAGAAACUGAGUUUGGGGGUAAAUGUCCUUAUUUAACAACUGGGUUCUUGUAAAUAGAUUGGGUAUAUAUAAGACAGUUAACCUGAUUAUUACUGAAUACUUAGUAUUUUUGCAAUGCCCUCAUAGAUUAUUGCUAUUAUAAUUUAGACCUGAUAACUUUUGUUGAAGAUUCAUUUUGGGGUGCAUGUAUGUGUGUAGGUGCUCACUGUGGCCAGCAGAGGGCGGUAGAUCCCUUAGAACUGGAGUUGUAGGUGGGUUGUGAGUUGCUGGUUGUCAGUGCUAGGAACCAAACAGCAACUCACAACAGAGCAGCAAACGCUCUUACCUAAGCCUUCUCUCCAGCUCCUGGACCUGAUAAUUAGGUAGAAAUUGCUGUUGCAGUUGUGUGUCUAUGUGAACGAGCAUACCAGGAAUUGAAUCUGGAGCCUGUGUACGUUAAUUAUGUUCUCUACUAUGGAGUAAUACACAGCUUGUCUGGAUUCAUUUUGUGCCAAAAUUACGUAAAUUUUACACUUCUCUUGGUUAUCAGUAUGAUGAAAACUUCUAAAGAAACCAUCGAUGCUUGAUUAACACUGAUUUUUUUAGGCUGCCCUAUAUCUAUAUUGAUCAUGUAUUGAUUAGUCUUUUAAAUCUUUUUCUAUUUUAGUUGGGUAAUUUCAGCUGUCUAUGAAGGGAUACUUUUUACUGCGCUAUCUAUAAUAGCAUCUAUAUAAUUGUCACACAUGUCAACAUGACACAUUUUCACAAUGCUUACAAAAGUCCUACAAGGCCGAUUGUCUUAUUAUCAAGUCCCUGUACAUCUUCUUAGCCUUUACUCUUUUCAUUUACGGCAUAGUGUGUUCAUUUCACCAUGCACUCUCUUAAUCCCACCUAUGGAAGAUGCUGAAGUAGAGGGAAGCAGAACUCAGUUUUUAGUUCUUGAAAGUGCAGCUUUCAAGAGCACAUGGGAGGCACAUGGGAAAGAGGCCUGGAGAGAUGGUUCAGACAGUCAUGUGCCUGCAGUGCAAGCUUGAGGACCCAAGUGGAGACUUCCAGAAUCCACAUGAGAAACUGGCUAACUAGUGCAUGCCCAUAAUCCCAGCAGUGGGGCGAUGGAGACAGAUCUUCCAGGCUUGCUGGCCAGCCAGCCUGGCCAUAUUGGCAAGCCUCGGGAUCCGUGAAAGAUCCUGUGUCCAAAAUGAGAUGGCAAGUGGUUGAGGGAGACACCCAGCAUUGACCUCUGCGCUACCCCUCUGAUCUCUCCCUGCACCUUUAUGUAUACACAUGGGUCCACAUACAUGAACAUGUACACACACACAAAUACUCGGGAGGUAGGGAUCCACAAAUAUGAGGUAAACUAGAGUUGUUGAUCCCAUGGUCAUGGGAUAAAUCUGGUGCGGCAUAUUCCUCAUUAGACAGGUCUGAAUUAGUACAUUACCUUGCAUUAUUUGGUUCGGUGGGAACUUUUAGAAUGCUGUAUUUGAACAUAUAUGAAGUGGUUCUUAAAAAGUCAUUUGGGAAAAAUUCAAAAGUAUGUUGAUGUGUUGGAUAUCUAGGUUUUUGUUGAUUGUUUUUCAUCCGUGUAGAAGAUUUGUGAAUUUGUAUAUCAUAGGAAACACUGGGGUGUAUGACACUUGCCCAAAUAAAGGGAACCAUGAGAGUUUCUGUGUUUAAAACAUUACUUCCUUCCAGGAAAGCUUCUUUAGCAGAUAAAGUAAAUAUAGGACUCACUCUACAAACUGUAAGAUUGAGAGCUGGAAUUUUAUAGCAGACUUUUUGAACAAGAAACAUAAUUCUGUGGCUACUUUGUCAACAUAAGGCUUAAAUUGAUGUGUGAGGAAAUUAAGUAAGCACCAGGCUCCUCACACUCCUAACUUUUCAUAGGAUUAUGGGAGAUGGGAGUCAGAUAAGCAGCCCAAAUGUGUGUUCUAAAUGCUUAAACUUCUGCAUUUGUCAAACAUAUCGUGAAUAAAAUAAAACAGAAUUUUGUAUGUUGGUUGUAAGAACAGAGUGAGAUUUAGCAAUGCUGAUGGCCGCAUGUUGUUACUCUGUUAAUACUGUAAAUGUAGCCGUGCACCUAGGGUGACCGUGUGUUUCAAAGUUGGAAAUAUCUAAGCUACAACUUGAUUAACAUGUGUGAAUAAUAAUUUUAAAAUCAAGAACAGUUUUUUUUUUAAGUGCUUGGCAUGUUAUGCUGCCAAAAAAAUCCGUAUACUAAGAAAUCAGUUAAUUUCUGAUGACUUGAUGUAGAAUUGGUAUCUUGAGUCAGAAUCAACCUAGAAUCAUUCUGUACAUUGUUGAUUUGAACAUCAGUGGGAAACUAUAUCUAUUGGUGUUUAGUUAGUGUAAACUUGGCAUAUCUGAAUUCUAAUCUUAGUCUAAGAAGCCUGUGGGGAGCCAUUUUGUAAAGUUGAUGUGCUAUUUUAAACGUUUUUAUUUUUAGUAUUUGUGAGGUAGUGAUGUUACUAUGACAAAAGUUUAGACACCAUGUAGCACUACUAACUGCUCUAGAGCCUAAAAGACAGUGUAUUUUGUAUUUCAUGUGUACUUUUUCUGUUUCAUAUUGGACUUUUUACAUCCCUUUUUUAGAAAAAAAAAAAGAAUACAUUUAAAUUCUUUUUAGGGUAAUCUGUAUUGGAAACUAAGUAUUCUCCCAGUUAGCAAACAUUCUUUACCACCAAAGCUAAAUGAAACUGUAAGAUACCUCUGGAUAUUUGUGCCAAUGAGCUUUUCUUAGUAAUUUGGGGUUAAAACAAAAAUAAUCUUUUCAGUAUUUUUCAUCUAGGACUUACAAUAAAUGUGGAUAUCAUGAAAACA